CUUUCUUCUGACCCGAACCCUGGUUGCCGUGCAAACCACGGCAGUCCCAUGUUCCAUGUAGACCGUCUUUCAAUUUCUGUUAUUAUUGCUUUUGCAAGUGGGGUUUAUUGAUUACUCCGCCGCAUCAGCAGCAGCAGCAGCAUCGUCAUCCUCAUCUUAUGACCUACCUAACCUAGACCAUGACUGCGUGUCUCUCCCUCCGUCUCUGAAACAUUCUUUGCUCAGCACGCGCGGUAUUCAUCUACCAGACCCUUGGAUUGAAUACCCCGAUAGACCCCCCCCCUUUGCCAUCUACUAUUACUACUUCUCCGUAUACCACUUGAUUUUCGCAUCCGCGUUGUCGUGCGGUAAUCCUGCAGCCCUUUCCUGCAUGUGUCUCCCGUCACUGCCACCACUAUAUAUCAUCUAAAAGAGACCCUCAACGACCGACAGAACACGCGAUCAUCAUGCGAGGACUAGGCCUUCUGGCACUCCUGCCCUUCGCGGCCGCAAAGGCCCUUCGGGCCCGGACAACAGCCUGCAACAACUCCCCGGAUCUCUGCUCCAAAUCCUACGGGGAGAUCACCCACCUCGGUGCGCAUGACAGCCCGUUCGUGCGAGAUGCGACAACCGAUUACUCCACCGCAGGGGACCAAUACUACAACACUACCCUACAGCUGGACGCCGGUGUCCGUCUCGUCACCGCGCAGGUGCACAAAUCCGACUCAGAGUGGCAUCUCUGCCAUAGUAGUUGCGAGCUAUUAGACGCGGGGACACUGAGCUCAUGGCUGUCGGAGAUCAAGACCUGGCUGGACUCCAAUACCAAUGACGUCGUAACUGUCUUGCUGGUCAACUCAGACGACGCAACCGCCUCGGACCUGCACUCCGAGUUCCAGACAGCCGACAUCGGCAACUACACCUACACACCUACCUCGCAAACAUCCGCGCCCAGCACAUGGCCCACCCUGCAAGAACUGAUCAACAACGGCACACGACUGGUGACAUUCGUGGCCUCCCUGGACGCCUCCAACAACACGGUUGCCCCGUACCUGAUGGACGAGUUCACCUACCUCUGGGAAAACCCAUACGACGUGACCUCGCCGUCGAACUUCUCCUGCGAGCCCGACCGGCCCACCAGCGUCAAAGGCGACAUUUCCACCGCGCUUUCUUCAAACCGCCUCCCCUUCAUGAACCACUUCCUCUACCAGACCACCAUCCUGGACAUCGAAUACCCGAACGCCAGCUACGUGUCCACGACCAACGCGCCCUCCGGCGGAACCGGCAACCUGGGCGACACCGCGACCACGUGCAAGAGCGACUGGAGCGGCCGCCAACCGACCUUCAUCCUGGUGGACUUCUUCAACAAGGGCCCCGCCAUCGACACCGUCGACAAGCUGAAUAACGUCACCAACGCCAGCGGGCGCACCAACCUCACCUCCGUCUCCGCUACCAGUUCCGCCUCCACGUACUCCAACGUCUUCAAGGGCCUCGUCGAAGUCGUCCAGAAAGCGAAGGAUGGGUCGAAUCCCAGCAUGGGCGAGUGGAUCUGGGCUGGAGGAGACUGGGGCAGUCUGCUGAGUGGGGGGAUAGCGCUCUAAGUUGAUUGAUUGAUUGAUUCAUCGAUCGCUGCUGUCUUUCAUUUCUUCAUACCCUUCUGCGAUGCUGGUCUUUUUUUUUUCUUUUUUUUUUUCGAGGGGAAGGGUUCUCCCUAGCAGCAUCUUUAGUGUUCGACCACAUUUUGCAUCUGUCUGUCUGUCUAUCUAUCUAUCUAUCUCCCAUUUUGCACAUUUGCGGGGUCAGCGCCGGGUUUGGGCAGGUCUUGGAUGAGCCUCAUGACAUACAUUCCUUUACUAUACAUACUACGUACAUAACAUUCAUGCCAUACUAUACUAUACUAUACUAUACUAUACC